AACGCUAAAAAAGCGAUUACAAAAUUAAGUCAACAACCAAAAAAGAUACAGUAAACAUUUAAUAAGUUAAUUGGUACUUUUAUGUUGUUGUUGAAUGUAAUAUUUAUAUAAAAGAUUUACAAAAAGGAUUACCUCAAGUGUGGAAUAGAAGUUAUAUGCAUGAUCAGGUGAAUAACAACCACCAUCAUAAAAAUGAUGACGAUGAUGAAAAUAGUAUUUCUGAUAAUGAAAAACCUCUUCUGACAAAAUCACUAGAAAAUGUUGCAAGUUACACUUGUCAUGAACAAAAUUCUGCAGAUAAAAUUCCUGAAGUUAAAUAUAAUGAAACAAAUAUUUCUCAAAAAACUCAGUUGCAAAAUAACGAUAAUAAUGAUCAAUCGAGUUCAAAGGAAACAAGUCUUUUGAUAGCUCUUCAAAUUUUUUUCCCAUUUAUUGUUGCUGGGUUUGGUACAGUUUUUGCUGGUUCGCUGCUUGAUUAUGUACAAAACUGGAAGAUAUUUAAAGAAAUUCCUGAAGUUUACAUAUUGGUACCUGCAUUGCUUGGUCUAAAAGGAAACUUAGAAAUGACUUUGGCUUCCAGACUAUCAACUGCAGCAAAUGUUGGUAAAAUGGAAUGUCCAAAAAGAAAAUGGAGUAUUAUUUUCGGCAAUAUGGCUCUGACCCAGGCACAAGCAUUAGUAGUGGCAGUUCUGGCUUCACUUCUUGCUGUCACGCUUGGUUGGAUUAAAAGUGACCAAUUUAGUCUCCAUCACGGAUUUUUGUUGUGUGCUUGUUCUCUUGUUACUGCAUCUAUUACUAGUGCACUUUUAGGAACGCUUAUGGUUGCAGUUGUUAUUUUUUCUCGGAGAUGUGGUAUUAACCCAGAUAAUGUUGCAACGCCUAUUGCAGCCAGUCUGGGUGAUCUUAUCACGCUUGCUUUACUAUCUGUCACUUCCAACUCUCUUUAUAAAAUAAUGGAUUCUCAUCAAUGGGUUUCUCCACUUAUUUGUGGCCUUUUUCUCUUAAUUUUGCCUCUUUGGUUUUAUAUUUCUCAUCACAACAGUUACACACAUCAUAUUUUGUAUAGCGGAUGGUGGCCUGUAAUACUUGCGAUGAUUAUUAGUAGUGCUGGGGGCGUUAUCUUGAGUAAUGUUGUUCCUAAUAGUCCUGAAAUAGCUGCAUUUAGUCCUGUUAUAAAUGGAGUUGGUGGAAAUCUAGUUGCUGUUCAGGCAAGUCGUUUAUCAACUAAUCUCCAUCGCAGUUCUGAACUUGGUACCUUACCAGAAGGCAUUAAAUAUGGAUUUGUUGCUACUUUUUGCGCAUGUAGUGUUUUAUCAAAAACUUCACGUGUUUUGUUAGCCAUGUGCAUACCCGGCCAUAUUAUUUUCUUAGUAUUGCUUUCGCAUCUAAACACAACUAGUACACAUCCAACAUAUGUCUUUAUGUGUUUUUAUCUGCUUGCAUGCUUUAUACAGGUUGGAAUACUUUUAUUCAUUUGUAAUAUUUGUGUUCAUUUUUUAUGGAAAAAAAAGCACGAUCCAGAUAAUUGCGCAAUACCUUUUUUAACUGCAAUAGGCGAUCUUUUUGGAACAGCUCUUUUAACCGGUGCAUUUAAACUAAGCAGUUUAGUAAAUUGAUAUAAUUUUUUUUUUAUAAUUUUAGAUAAUUUUUUUUUCUACAUGUAGUACAUUUUAAAUGUUUUUAAAUGGCAUACCUAAUUAAAUUUUUGUUUUAAAUUAUAACAUUUUUUGCUAAUGAUUUAUAGUUUUAUAUUUUUUGGUUAUGGUUUUAUAUUUAAAUCGUUUGUUUUGUUGUUUGUUUGUUGUUGUUUUUUUGUGUUUUUUUAUUGUUUUUUAAUAAGAAGUUAGACUUAUGAGGUUAAGCAACGAUAGAUUUUUAGAGGCAAAGAAAUGAAAACAAGCAGAGAUCCGGUUAUUUGAUGAAAACAAGCAUGGAUCCGGUUAUUAAUAAUUUUUUGAAUAAGUGAAAGGGAUUGCAACGUUUUAACGUUUGUUUUGAAAUCCAAAAUGAUCUGUCAAAGUUAUAUUAAUAUCUUUGUCAUAGAUCUAAAAUUAUUUAUAGUUAAAGACUUUAAUAACAAUAAUAUAUUAAAUUAUUAAUAAUUAAUACUUUUAUAAUUACUUUAAUACUUCUAUUAUAAAAAAUGUGUUUAUAACAUUCAGUAAAAAAAAGUCUCAAUACUUUUGCUGUAUUGCUCAUUAAGAUGUUAUAUAUUUAUUGACAUUAUAACUAGUAGUAGUAUUAUAUAUGAUAUAUAUUGUAGUCUGUUAUAUACUAACAAUUAUAAAUAUAUUUUUUAUCUCUUUUGUCAUAUGAGGGUAAUAAUAAAAUAAAUUUUUUAUUUUUUGAUCUACUUAAUUUUAGUUUUCUGCUUUAAUAUGUUACAAACUAUUAUAUAACAAAUAUUAUAAAUAUACAAGUAGAUAAAUAUUUUUUGCAAUUA